CCCAGCUGCUCUGACUGUGAGUCCCAGCAGAUCUCAGUUCUUCAGAGGAGACUCUGUAUCUCUGAGCUGUGAGGGCAACAGCUCUGCUGGAUGGACUGUAUGGAGGAACAGAACCAGAGGACAGUCUGAGUGUAACGGUUCAUGGGGAAAACCUACUGGCCAAACCUGUAACAUAAUCUAUAUGAGCACAGGUGACAGUGGAGUUUACUGGUGUUGGUCGUCCAGAGAGGGAGCAGCCAGCAGCAGCAUCCAGCUCACUGUCACUGAUGGAUCAGUGAUCCUGCAGAGUCCUGUCCUCCCUGUGAUGGAGGGAGAUGACGUCACUCUGAGCUGUCUAACAGAGACCACUCCCUCCAACCUCCCAGCUGCUUUCUAUAAAGAUGGCUCCCUCAUCAGGACUGAGCCCAAAGGUCACAUGACCCUCCACCAUGUGACCAGCUCUGAUGAAGGCCUCUACAGGUGUAACAUCAGGGGUCAUGGAGAGUCUCCAUCCAGCUGGAUCUCUGUUGAAGAGAAUUCCUCCACCUCUUCCCCAACAACCAUCCCUUCUCCUACAUCAACCUCUCCACCCUCCUACCAGUUUCAUCCUUAUGGGUUUCUGCUUCUAUUUGGUGCCAUGGUUGUAGCUCUACUGGUGGUUCUUCUGGUGAAAUGUCACAUGGACAAGAAAAUUAAAGGUGAUCGGGAAGUUGGGAAGAUAAUAAUCACCUAUGUUUACAUGCAAUUAUCACAGCUUGAAGAACAGAAAAACAAACCAAACAAAGGUUUGAUCAGAGAAAGAUCAGAGGCAAACACCUUCACUCUGCCACAUGGAGUUCCUCUCUGUUGUAGAGUGGACAGGCACUGGACUAGGAGGAUGGUCUUCAAAGACAGAUCCAGAACAUCAGCAUCCACCUUCCAAGAAAACAGAAGAUCUUCAGGAGACCUGUCCAUGGUUCUGAAAGACGUGGUGAGUCUUGAUGGUCGAGUCGUUCAGAACAGAAUGCCUAAGAAGAGAGCAUUUGUUAUAGACUCCCUCCACCUCCAUCAUCCAUGUGGAUCAAGCUCCUUCCUCAAG